AUCUUAAAGUUGUUUUCUGGCUGAAUGCAGUCAAUCUACAUAAUUUAUAUGAAUUUUGGGGCCUUUUAGUGAAUUGUGAAGGGAUUUUUUUAGUGAAAUUAUUUUUUGACCCGCGGCAACACUGAGGCUCAUGUUGAUUUAUGUUGACCGUUGAGCAAUAUAGGUUAUCACCAGAUACAUGAAUCUCGUUUACAUAAUACGUACAUCACGCUGAAUAUUUUUUAUUCUAAUUUAUCUAUGUGUAGAACAACACAUAGUGUACGUGUGUACGUAUAUUUUUUGCGAGCAGCUUCGUGGAACAUUCUUAUCUGCGCACGUUGAUAUAUUCGGACAUGGCAAAGAAUUUGAGCGCUAAAAUUGGCCCGUCGAUUUUGAACAGUGAUCUGGCGCAAAUUUAUAAAGAAUCGCAAAAGUUAUUGGAUAAUGGCGCGGAUUACUUGCACUUAGAUGUGAUGGACGGUCAUUUUGUUCCAAAUCUAACGUUUGGUCAUCCGAUUGUCAAAUGUCUUCGUAGUAAAAUAAAAGAUGCUUUCCUCGAGACGCACAUGAUGGUAUCCAAACCGGAGCAGUGGAUCGAACCCAUGGCUGAAGCUGGUGUAGAUCAGUAUACAUUCCAUGUGGAGCCAGUAGAGGAUGUUCCUUUAGUUUGCAGGAAAGUGAAGGAAGCCGGAAUGAAGGUUGGUGUGGCACUUAAGCCAGGAACGCCUGUGGAUGUGGUGACAAAUUACGCGGAUUUAGCAGACAUGAUUUUAGUAAUGACUGUGGAACCUGGUUUCGGUGGACAGAAAUUUAUGGAACCAAUGUUAAAGAAAGUUGCAUGGUUAAGGGAGAACUAUCCUGAACUAGAUAUUGAAGUUGAUGGUGGAAUUGGAUUAGCUACAAUUGAAGCUUGUGCAAAGGCUGGUGCCAAUAUGAUCGUAUCAGGCACAUCUGUUAUAAAUUCUGCUGAUCAAGCUAAAGUAAUAACGACACUUAGAGACACAGUAAAUUGCUAUUUGGGACACAAUCAUUCAACACAGCGGUGACAACUGAGGAUACUGUAAAUAUACAAAGCGUUUCUGCAAUAAAUUUGGCAUUUUAUAUA